CAUCCAAUACCUAGGUAUCAGCACAGCCUCAAUCGCGAUCUGCGCGGCAUAGCCUUGCCGAGCGCAUGGACUAGUCCGCUCCCGCUGCGCCCAGCGAUCACCUCCGCCGCGACUGCGAACACUUCUCACACCACUCACCACUACUUCUUCCUCUAUCCGGUACAUUUGCUUUUGUAUCUGUCGCUAAAGUAAAUACCACAUCGAAAUCCAAAUCGCUGCCAGGAUGGCCGACAGCUUCAGAAAUGCGAUGAUCAACAGGGCCCUAGGGGACAUCAAGAAUAAUAUUCAGUUCCUCGUCGAAGCCAACGUCAUCACUCCCGCACAGCACGACACCAUUAACUCUCAACUCCCCGUUUCCGCCGAAAACAGCAGCCGCGCCCUCCCUGCCGUCCCAGUCCAACAACUCUCCCAAAUGAACAUCAAGAGCGAGCCCACGCCUCCUCCCGAAAAGAAGACAAGCAACAUUGGAUACUAUGCCGAUACCAACGUCUCCAACGCGCCUCCGCCAGCCUACCCCUCCGCCCCAGUAGCCCCUGUCGGCCCCACAGUCCUCGCCUACGCGUCAGCAAUGUACCAAUACAACGCGCAAGACGCCGGUGAUCUAGCGCUCAUGCCGAACGAUCAGGUCGUCGUGACCGAGUACAUGAACACUGAGUGGUGGAAGGGACGCAACGAGAGGACGGGCAUGGAGGGUAUCUUCCCAGCCUCCUACGUGCGCAAAGACGAGAAGAGCGUUGUGCCUGCUGGUGUGCCGGGUGCGCCAGCACCCAGCAACUAUGGCAACAUGCCAUUAGAUGUGAGCAAUGGUGCGCAAGGCCCGGCAACGCCGCAUGAGCCGACCAAAAUGGAGCAGAAUGGAAAGAAGUUUGGCAAGAAGUUGGGAAAUGCCGCCAUCUUCGGUGCAGGUGCGACAAUUGGUGGCAAAAUCGUCAACGGGAUUUUCUAGUUGACUUUAUUCAGGUGCUACUAUCGGUGGUAACAUCGUCAACAGUAUUUUUUAAGCAGUGGGAGUGGUGCUGGAGAGGUCGAGGGUCAUUGGCGUUGUAGGUCACUUGGUUUCCUAUUCAUGACAGGUUCAUUGCUGUUUAUAAUCAUCAGAGCGCAUUUUCGAGACUGAUUUGUAUCAGAAUAUACCGACAUGAUUUCUUUUCCGCCAAAAUUGAUUUGUCUGCUCUUCUACGACACGUAGUAUACUUCGGUCAUUUUACCAUCGUUGUCUACUGUAGGUUUAGGGUCAACCG